ACAGAUUGUGAAGAUAAGUGUAUCUGGGUUUUUUAUUGAUUAGCAUUUAGCGAUAUUUAGGACGGUACAUACUUGCAUAUCCUACUCGAAAUGCUCCAAUUACGUGGUACAUUCCAAACUGGCCAGCCUUCUGUGUAGCGUUAACGCUGCAGCUUCCUUUGCUAAUCACAGAACAGUUGAGGGUUCGUCCUCCGGUUAGCAGCGAGUACCAUGGCGUCAACUGAGAUAGCUAGACAAGCUGGUGAAGGAGCUCGUGCUGUGCCUCUCUCAGGACAUGUUGGCUUUGACAGUAUGCCUGACCAGCUGGUCAACAAGUCUGUCAACCAUGGUUUCUGCUUCAACAUCCUCUGUGUUGGUGAAACGGGACUUGGCAAGUCCACUCUGAUGGACACAUUGUUCAACACCAAGUUUGAGGGUGAGCCCACCCAGCACAACCAGCCAGGAGUGACGCUUAAGUCCAACACCUAUGAGCUCCAGGAGAGUAAUGUGCGCCUCAAACUGACCGUGGUCAACACGGUGGGUUUCGGAGACCAGAUUAACAAAGAAGACAGUUACAAAUCCAUCGUGGAGUUCAUUGAUGCCCAGUUUGAAGCAUAUCUACAGGAGGAGUUGAAGAUCAAGCGCACGCUACACAGCUACCAUGACACCCGCAUCCAUGCUUGUCUGUACUUCAUCGCUCCAACAGGACACUCGCUCAAAUCCCUGGACCUGGUGACCAUGAAGAAGCUUGAUAGCAAGGUCAACAUCAUACCGAUCGUCGCUAAGUCAGACGCCAUUUCCAAGAGUGAGCUGGCGAAGUUCAAAAUCAAAAUCACCAGUGAGCUGGUCAGCAACGGGGUCCAGAUCUACCAGUUCCCUACCGACGAUGAGUCUGUUGCGGAGAUAAAUUCCACCAUGAAUAGCCAUCUGCCCUUUGCCGUGGUUGGGAGCACAGAGGAAGUUAAGAUUGGGAAUAAGAUGGUGAAGGCCCGGCAGUACCCCUGGGGGACAGUACAGGUUGAAAAUGAGAAUCACUGUGAUUUCGUCAAACUCCGAGAAAUGCUCAUCAGAGUGAAUAUGGAGGACCUGCGAGAACAGACCCACACACGGCACUAUGAGCUCUACCGCCGUUGUAAACUUGAGGAGAUGGGGUUUAAGGACACCGACCCUGACAGCAAGCCCUUUAGCCUUCAGGAGACAUACGAGGCAAAGCGGAACGAGUUCAUGGGAGAACUGCAGAAAAAGGAAGAGGAAAUGAGGCAAAUGUUUGUCCAAAGAGUCAAAGAGAAAGAAGCUGAGCUCAAAGAAGCUGAGAAGGAGCUGCACGAGAAGUUUGACCGUUUGAAGAAGCUCCACCAGGACGAGAAGAAGAAACUGGAGGACAAGAAGAAGACGCUGGACGAUGAGCUCAACACAUUCAAACAGAAAAAGACUGCCGCAGAGCUUUUGCAUAACCAAGCCCAGCAGGCAGGGGGCUCCACCACACUCAAGAGAGACAAAGAGAGGAAAAACUAAGGAUUCCUGUAGAAAAAGUGCUCCCUUGUGACCAUCCUGCUGUGAAUGAGUUUCCAUCCCCAUCAUCCUUUACAGUACCCCUUCCUCACCCUCACCUGCACCCAAAUCCCAUAAUUCCACCCUAAACAUCCCCUUCCCUCCUGCUCUGUGGAAGAUGCUCCGCAAUCGCUCUGUUCGAUAUCACUUUUAAAAUCUGAAUGAUGCUUGUUGGAAUUAUUAAUUGUGCAAGCGAUCAUUCAGCUUGUGUCCCUUUUAUUAUGCAAAUUUACAAAACAUUCCAUGUUUUUUACAAAAUAAAUUUGAUACUAUGUAAUUCUUUGCAUGAUGUGAGCUUUUUCGUGAAUAUUAACCGACGUGACUACUUGUGUGAUGAGCCGCAAUGAGUUGGGGCCGAAGAGAAACACGCAUCACAGGGACGGACUUAGACAGAACACAGAAAAAACAAGGGUAAUGAAGGACAGAAAGAAAAAAGGAAUAUGGGAUAAAAGAAGGCUUAUUGGGUCAAAUAAUAUUUUUAAUGUGACAUUAUGGUAGAUACACUCAGCUAGAUGACAAUACCAACAAUAACUUGGCUUGUAAACACCUCAUUUAUUGUGAAACCCUCAUUAUUAUUUUUUAGUGAAUAAGAAAUCUUUCCGUUAUUGUCUCAGCUGUUCAAAUAUGUUAUUUCUUUUCUUAAAAAGUGAAUAGUUGAGUCACCAGAAGUCCCUUUCGUUUCUCUUUGGCCCGAUGCAUGAGUCGAUGUGAGCCUAAUCUCUUUGCCACUUCUCCCAUACUUCAUUCAUAAUCUUGUGUUUUGAGUAAACUUGUCUUAGCUUUCACAUUUGCACUUUGUUUUGUACCCAAAUGUGAUGUUUUUUUUUCUAAGUAUAUAUUGAUGUUGUCAGUGCAAUUGUAACUUUCUGUUUUUUAUACUUAGCACGAGGGCACAUUUAAAAGCCAAACCAAAAAUGUGUCCUUUGUUCUGCAGGGACCAGUGUUGUUUGUAUCAGUGUUACGCAUGAAAGGAAAUCCUCUAAAUAAAAUAAAGGCCGACUUUUUUUCACCAAACAUCGCAGCUGUGGCCAUGAUCUUUGUGUACCCAGAACAUCGCUGUAAAACUAAAGCUAAACUCACCAAAAACUCGAUUUUCUGUGAAUCUCAUAAUACUUUAGUCAGCUCUCAUCUGGAUUUUUAGAGCAGACUUGUGCAAACGACUGAGGUAAUGUCCAGAUACUGAAAAACAUCUGGCUUCUGCUGCCCUCAGUGAUGUGUGCGGUUAUUUUUUCGACAUUUUAAAGUGACAUUGGCCUCUUCAUUUUUGACUGAAAUAACUUAAUACUUGGGUCAAAAUACAGCAGUCAAAGAGGCACUUCCCUCCUCCCGACCCUCAGCUCACUGGUCUGUGUGGUUUCACUUUCCUUUGCAGUAAUCCCUGGCUCUGCACUGAGUAGGUCCUCAGCCCUCAAGCUUUUCAGAGAGAGCAGGCCUUUGUGGCUACUGAGUACCUCAAAUGUGACCAGAGGCUUUGCGGACCCCCGUCCUUCAGGGCGUUUCAAUAAUGACCUGCUCUGCUGUGAUAAUGGGUCAGUGUGUGGGCUUCACUGCUGCUCUAACUUCCACUUGACCGAUCCAAAUCUCCAUUUGCUUUUUGCUCUGACUAACAUUUUUCCUACUUCAGUCGUGGUGGAGAUGGAAGGAGCAUGUGCUGAUUUGUUAUUAUGGAUGGCUAUUUAUUUUAUACUCAUUUUUGUGUCAAUAACUCAACCGUAGAUGAGACGACGAUGUGGAAUUUUACCACGAGAUUUCAGUUGCUGUGCAGGAGUUUUAUAUUGGGCACAAUGUGUUUUCAUGUUUUAUCUUUAAUGUGACACUGUAUCACUAUGUCUUCAUAUAUGAAAUUUAAAAGCCAAAGCUUUUCUCUCCCUCAGAUUCACUAAUGAUCCUCUCUUUGCGAGUGUUUGCCCUCUCUAAUGGCUGGCUGUGUUUCUCUUUGUCUCUUUAGCUUCUUUUAAUCUGUCUUGACCACCUGAAGAGGGGAUU